AUGCCUGAUUUGGACCAACAUGUAGUGAAUUAUGAACAAUUACCUCAAGCAAUUGGUUAUUUUAUGAUUGCCAGUGUUGCUUUGGUGUGGACAUUGGGGACACGAGGACUGUUUAAAAAACAAAUCUCUCUUCAAAGAAGGCUUUUCGGGUUUAUCUUUUUGAGCAGUACCACGAGAUUAUUGCAAUGUGGGGUUAUUAGCCAGAUUUGUUUUAAAUCAAAUGAUUACAUCCCGUUCAAUUAUUGUGAUUAUAUGUAUCGAACAAGUCAAGCUCUAGAUUUAUUUUCCAGCGAGUUUAAUUUCCUAAUUUACUUUGUACUUAGCUGCUACUGGGCAGAAUUAUAUUUUACGUUUAAACAAACUUUGGAACAGGAGCAAGAAAAGAGAAUUCCAAACAAACAUGAUUUUAGAAGGAAGAGAAGUGUCAUUUCUCUCUUUUUUUGGGUUGCUGCUGCUCUAUUAACAAUAGUAUUACUUGCAUUGUCAAUCUUGAUAUUUGUACUUGAUCCUAAAAUCAUGUACUACAAGAAGAUAACUUUUCAAACAAUACGACUAGUAGUACGGGUAAUCACUAGCUUGACAAUUUGUUUCUUGUUAUUAAUUUUUGGAAUUAAGCUCUUUAGAUUUUUUAAAAUCCAUUACGCUGUUUCUACCCUUAACACUAUGAAGCUAGCUUUCAUAACUUGCUUUUCCUCCAGCUGCUAUUUUGUUUUAACUUUCUACAAUAUUUCAAGUUUUGUAAUUUUCCGGGUGAAAGGAGAACCAGAGACGUUAUGGGAAUAUUACUUUGUGUUGUACUACAUAUUCAGUUUCAUUGAAAUGGUAGCAAAUGCUUCAUUGCUUGUGAUUUUGAUUCCUGACAAUAUUCGAGAUUUGAUUGUCUUAGCUUUUAGAAAAAUGGGUGGAGUAUUUAAAAAACGGAAAACCAUGAAUGACGAAGUUGAUAACCCUCAUGCCAGCAGGAAAUGGUUGAACAUUACUGCCUCAUUAGAUAGAGACUAUUACAGUGACGAAGAAAUGUUCUAUGUAAAUGAACAUGUUGAACAAGAAUCAGUGAACCAAGAUGGAGAUUAUUACAUGCCUCAUAAUGUAGAUGAUUAUUAA